CUGGAAUAGCAUCCGACUCGGUUGAUGACUGUUGAGCCCUUUGAUUCGGUGAAAUACAUUGGAUGACCAUAGAGAUGAGCUUCGAGGUGUCCUAUUUCGGCGGACCUCUUGGAAUCAGAGAAUGGAAGUGACCUGUUUGACAGGUGUAAGGCUAGUCCGAUUCCGAAAACAUUCCCGGGCAAAAACUCCGGUUCGGGUCGGACGGCGGAUCCCAGGUGGGCCGGAGCUGACGUGGAAAGCCGCGAAGUCAGGUCCAAAACGCAGUGCAGAGGAGCUCCCUCGUUUCAGGUCGCCACUCUCCAAAAUCUGCGACGAAAGUCCACCAACGCAGCGCCGAAGCGGACUCUCCGAAUUCUCCGUCUGCUCAGAUCCGUCUGCCGAAUCGGCAAGCAUGUGGAGGAGGCUCGUCUCUUCGCAUCUCCCAUCCCUAUCCUCCGCCGCCGCCGCCGCCGCAUCGACUUCCGGCCGGUCCGCCCUGUCCGCCUCCGCCGCCGGCCGAUCGCUGGUUCUUCCUGCUGCUUCCGCUUCCGUCUUCGUUCGCCGCUUCGGCGUCGCUCCAGCGCAAAAUGCUGUGAAGAAGAAGGUUGAAGAUGUGAUGCCGAUUGCUACUGGACACGAGCGGGAGGAGAUUGAGGCUGAGCUUGAGGGCAGAAAUCUUCUUGAGAUAAACUAUCCUGUCGGUCCUUUCGGCACAAAGGAAGCUCCAGCUGUCAUUAAGUCCUAUUAUGACAAGAGAAUAGUUGGAUGCCCUGGUGGUGAAGAUGAGGACGAGCAUGACGUUGUGUGGUUUUGGCUGGAGAAAGGCAAGCCGCACGAAUGCCCAGUGUGCUCACAGUAUUUUGUUCUGGAGGUUGUGGGCCCUGGAGGACCUCCGGAUGGGCAUGGUGAUGAUGAGGACCAUCACUGAUUCAUCUUUCGGUUUCCUAGUGGAAUAAAGCUUUUCCAUACACGCUGCAGAGUAAGAAUUGGGAGCUCUCUGUUAUGUCGGUUUCUAAUUGAUCCGGUUUUUUUGUGGCUGUUGCUUGGCAACAUUUUGGUCAGUUUUUUCUUUUUCAUGGUAUUCAAGACAUGAGGGGGUCGCUGUUAGAAAUGCGAAUCUUAUUAGAUUUUCUUUUAUUCCCUCAAAAGCAUUGCAAUAAUCCAUCAAUGCAUAUCGAUUCUUUUGUGAAAAUUCAUCAGUAUCCUUAAGGGAAUCAGGGAACAUUUGUUA